UAUAUCGCUCAUUCAUGUAAACGAAGCACACUCGCUCAUACGCGGAGAAACAGUCACUGUGCGUGUGUGACUCAGACCAGCUGUUUUAUUGAGAGUGAUGAUUUAACUGUGACUUUCCACGGAAUGGUUAUAUAGCGACCGAGGGUAGAAACACUCGCAUUUGCUUGUUGUAUUAGAAACCGAGCGCUUGUGUGAAAGAGUGUUUGUGAGUACCCACGUCAGCUGAUCGGGAAGCCCAUGUUAUGGUCUUGGCUCCGUUGGAUUAAGGAAGGAUUAUUUGUGUAUAGUCUCACAGACUCACCGAUGCCUGAAUCAGGGGAUGUAGAAGUGCUAGCACCAAGCAGCAUCACAUUUCCAGAUCACAAUCUUCCUGACAGGAGGAGAAUUGGUUUAAAACUGGACUUUUCACGACUUGGGGGCUCGGCGGGGGAUCGUGACGAUUACCACAUGCCUAAAAAGUGCAAGUUUGAAUCCAUGUCUUUUGCUACAUGUUCUCUGACCAGUGCGUUGUCUUUGAACAAGACCAGUAUUCCUGCACGGACAAUAUUGCCCCACGAACUCGCCACCAAACUGACCAAAGCCAAGCCAGUGUUAGUUCUAGACUGUCGACCAUUCUUAGCUUUCAACCUGAGUCAUAUUCACGGAGCGGUCAACAUCAGCUGUUCGGAUAGAUUCAGUAAAAAGAGACUUCAACAGGGAAAGAUUUCUGUGUCGGAUUUAGUGACGACGAAAGAAGGAAAAGAUAUCAUCAAUAAAAAACUCCCCAAGGAGGUUGUCUUAUAUGAUGAACAAACUAACGACUUACGUGAUAUCACGACUGACAAUGCUCUACAUUACGUGCUUUCAUCGCUUCAUCGAGAAGGGAGGGAAACGUUUGUGUUGAAAGGGGGAUUGAAAGAUUUCAGCACAAAGCAUGGGGACCUCUGUGACAGCGUGGUCCAAUGUGACUACCACCGUCCUCUCUACAGCCCCACCAACCACCUCACCGAAUCAGCAGCAGAGAUCGAAGCUGCAGUAGCAUCACAAGUUCUGCCAUUUCUGUAUCUAGGAAAUGAACGAGAUGCUGCCAGCUUGGACAGGUUACGUUCACAUCGUAUUACCCAUGUUCUCAACGUGACGUCACAUGUGCCUCUUUAUUAUGAAAAACAGGGAAUCAAAUACAAGCGAAUUCCGGCCUCCGAUAGUGGCCAACAGAACCUCAAACAGUAUUUUGAAGAAGCAUUAGAAUUUAUAGAUGAUUGUCGGCAGACUGGCGGUCACGUACUCAUCCAUUGUCACGCAGGCGUGUCACGGUCAGCCACUAUCACCAUCGCUUACAUUCUCAAGCAUACGAAGAUGACUAUGACAGACGCUUACAAAUACGUCAAAGGAAAGCGCGGCAUCAUAUCGCCAAACUUUAACUUCAUGGGACAGCUGAUGGAAUUUGAAAGAGACUUGAACCUAGGGGAAACGCCGAGGGUCCUACAGCCCAAACUCCAAGGCGUAGAAAGCACUGUGUGAUAACAAAUGACUUCUUCACUCAUUGACGUUGUGAAUGGUUUUCUAUCAGAGACAUCUUGUGCUAACAUUCCGGUUGUCAUGGUGACGGGUGUCAUGGUGACAGCGUCUCAUCGGUUACCAUGGUGACAACGUCUGAUCUGAGGUCGAACCGUGCCUUUCUCCCCUCAAGCCUCGCUCCCCCCAAUCACGAGGGACGGACGGACGACCGUUCAUAUUAAGUCAUCAAUGCAACUUUACCCAUCAAAAUAAAGCCUGCCAAAUGAUCCGAGGUCGAAUCUCAUCUUCACGUGCUCGGAACGAUAAAAUGGACCAAAGUUGAAAGAGUGCAACGCAUGAUAGCAUUGAACACUUGUGUCUUCAUGCCCACCGGGCAUUUGAACUCUUCCACGGGCAUGAAUUUAUGGCCGGAUGUAUCACGUCGGCCAUUUUGUAACUAGUCACGAACUUCCGGCUCCUGGUUCUGCCGUGGAAGAUGGCAGUAGCCUUUGAGAUCCACGUUGUAGCAAACAGUUCUUGUAGGAAAUAAUCGCGGUUGUCAUCCAUAGCGUCAGUGUCAUAUCGUCAUCCACCACUAUUCGUUAACACCUGUUCAGUGUUGCGUGCGUAUCGUCAUUCCAGUAAUUCAGUGAGAAUGUCUUGUGAGUCUUUAGCCGUAUCGAACUCUUAAAUCUACUACCUCGACAAAAAACAGAACUGAGAGAAAGAAUCUUUUUUAUGUGUUAGAUGUGUAUUUUGUUCCAUUUCAAUGGUGCUGUUCGUAAUCCGUUGGUUUUGAUGUUUUCUGAAACGGUUACAACGCCCUACCCCCAGCGCUGCUCUCCACCCACAGGAUCUUAUCAUUGUUACAACGUGGGGAGGUCGAGCUGCGUCUAGGGAUGUCAGGGUGACAGUUUGACUGAUAUCAUCUAUCACUCAUGUUCAUUUCACCACCAAUGCCUUAGAAUACCUGACUCACAUGCAUGUAGUCAUAAAAAAAUAUUGUACAUUUCAUAAGUACUCGAUCGUACCUAUGCAGAAAGAACAUGUCACAAUGUCGUUGAAACUGUGUUGUAUAUAAAUCCACUAAAUUAUUUCAGUAUUUAUUUAUAAUUUAUUUUGUACUACCAAGUAUGUAUCAUUCCUUAACAAAAUUGGCAACAUCAUAGCAGUCGGCAGUGGUCGGUAAUUAUCGGCAACCGUCGGCAAGAAUCGCCGAUGGAGACACCUAGGACAUAGAACACUACUAGACGUCUCUGUAUUUAUACAGUGUUGCCAAAGGAACAUUUGUUGUGCAAUAUUUCUGUCAUGGUAUUUGAUUGACGUUCAGUUUGACCAAUCAGUGGACGUUGUUAGAUAUGGUUAUGUUUCCUCGACCAAUGAGGAAAGGUGGAUCGUAGUCAGCUGUUUGGUAGGAGUGUAUGAUACGUAUGUGACGGAGAGCCACCAAAAAGAUAUGAAUACAAUGUAUUGAGAAUAAAACUCACUUUUUAAAAUUUAA